AUGAGUUUCAGAGGCGGAGCUAGAGGCGGUUCCAGAGGUGGAUUCCGUGGUGGUCGUGGUGGUGGUUUUUCAAGAGGUGGUGGUAAUGGUGGUAGAUCAUUUCAACAAGGUCCACCGGACUCUGUUUUAGAAAUGGGUGCUUUCAUGCAUGACUGUGAAAACGAUAUUGUUUGUCGUUCUAUAAAUACUAAAAUUCCAUAUUUCAAUGCUCCAAUAUAUUUAGAAAAUAAAACUCAAGUUGGUAAAGUUGAUGAAAUUUUAGGUCCAUUGAAUGAAGUUUUCUUCACCAUUAAAUGUUCUGAAGGUGUCCAAGCUACUAGUUUCAAGGAAGGUGAUAAAUUCUAUAUCGCUCCAGAUAAACUACUACCAAUUGAAAGAUUUAUUCCACAGCCAAAGAUUGCUGGUCCACCAAAACCAAAAUCUAAGAAGAAGAGAACCGGUGCUCCAGGUGGCCGUGGUGGUUUCUCUAGUGGUGGUAGUCGUGGUGGUUUCUCAAGAGGAGGUUCCCGUGGUGGCUUCUCCCGUGGUGGCUCCCGUGGUGGUUUCUCCCGUGGUGGCUCCCGUGGUGGCUUCUCUAGAGGAGGUGGUCGUGGUGGUUCUCGUGGUGGUUUCUCAAGAGGUGGUGGCCGUGGUGGUUCAAGAUAUUAA